AUGGAUGUACCAACUUUUCAGAAACUCUCUCUGGAUUCGUUGGAGUAUAAGAGAUGUAGUUCUCCAAUGGAGCCUCCGUAUAGUUUUUUUGCAUCAGUCAAUGCAGCAGAGAACAAACCAUUUUAUUUCUUACAUGGGGUGUAUGAGGGCAUCAUAGCUGGAGGUGCUGCAGGUGUUAUUGCAGAAGCAGUAUUAUACCCUAUUGAUACAGUUAAAACUCGAUUACAGGCUGCUCAUGGUGGAGGGAACAUUAUUUUGAAGGGCCUGUAUUCUGGAUUGGCUGGAAAUCUCGUCGGUGCCUUAACUGCUUCUGCUAUGUUUGUUGGCGUGUAUGAACCUACAAAGCAAAAAUUGCUAAAAUCUUUACCGGAAAACCUUAGUGCUUUAGCUCAGUUGACUGCAGGUGCCAUUGGGGGUGCUGCUUCAUCUAUUAUUCGUGUACCAACAGAGGUUGUUAAGCAAAGGAUGCAAACUGGGCAAUUUGCUUCAGCCCCUGAUGCUGUCCGUCUUAUUGUCUCUAAGGAGGGUUUUAAAGGUCUCUUUGCGGGGUAUGGAUCCUUUUUAUUGCGAGACUUGCCAUUUGAUGCAAUUCAGUUUUGCAUCUAUGAGCAAAUGCUAAUGGGAUAUAAGUUAGCGGCAAAGAGAGAUAUGAAGGAUUCUGAGAUUGCUAUAGUUGGCGCUUUUGCUGGUGCAAUAACUGGAGCCAUGACUACCCCACUCGAUGUUGUGAAAACCAGAUUAAUGGUCCAGGGAUCUGCAAACCAGUACAAAGGGAUUUUUGAUUGUGCCAGGACUAUAGCAAAAGAAGAAGGAACCCGUGCUCUUUUGAAGGGUCUUGGACCGAGAGUAUUAUGGAUAGGUGUUGGAGGAGCAAUUUUCUUUGGUGUCCUUGAAAAGACAAAGCAAAUACUUGCUCAAAGGCGCCCAGAUCCUAAAGAUGUCAGUCUAGACUAA